AUGCUUCGUAUACUUGGGUGCACCAAUCCAUGCAUUAGUGGAAGUACAGACGAAGCUCCACGACUGUGUGCUCCUCGUCACUUCUUCUCGUCUCCUCCAACCAAGUCACGAUUCAGAAUGGCCGACGUGCGAGCGCUGCUCCGCCAGCAGCGACAGUCCCGUCGCAUCGAGCACCCUCACGCUGCAUACUCUGACGCAGGCAAGCUGCUGUGCACCCUGUGCCGCGAGCAAAUACGAGCUGAAACGCAAUGGGAGUCGCACACCAGGAGUACAGGCCAUCAGCGUCGGGCAGUCGCCGCCACCACGACUGCCAAUGCAGGGCCAGCUCCGUCAGAGGCCACAGAGCCGAUGGCGGAAAAGGCUCAAGUCUCACAAGGGCACGACACGACGGCCGUCGAAGGGCCCGAGGAGGAGCAGGAGGACGCCAUGGAUGAAGGACAGACACCCAAAGCCAGCGACGGCACCGAGUCGCGGACGCAAGCACACAAACGAAAAAUCAGCGACGACGACUACGAAGACGUCGACGCCAUGGAUCUGGACGAGGCAAUUCGAAGAAAACGCAGCCGCGGCGACAUUUCCAUCGAUGUCUCGGCGGCCAACCACCGCCGAGGCAGUGGCACAGACAAGGACAAGGAUUCCGCAGACAUCGCCGCUGCAGCGAAUACCCCUGCCCGGCGCGAUGCCGCCAACCGCACACCGCCGACGCUGGCGCGACGCAUGUCCUCGACGCCGUCCCGUGGCGUCGAGCUGCAGAUACCCUCCCGGCCGGCCACGCCCGCCGCCCAUCGCGACUCGUCCUCGUCGUCGACAACGCCAGGCCUCGCGACCCUCGCGGGCCUCUCUGCCGCCAUGGCCGCCCACACCAGCGCUACCCCGUCGGGCGCCGCCGCAACCACCACCACCAACGGGAGCAUCAUCGCCACGGAGAAGCUCUCCGGCGCGCACGUCGACGAGGACGAGUGGGCGGCGUUCGAGGCCGAGAUGGCGGCCACCGCGGCCCCGUACGCAGACGACGCCGUCAUCUCUGCACCCGCCAUGAACGCCGAGGAAGCCGCGGCGGCCGCCGCCACGGGGACCAAUGGCCAAGGCGGCGGUGGUGGCUCCGGUUCGCGCAAGAGCCGCGCUGAUCUUGACAUCGAGGGUGAGCGCGAGGACGCGGCGCGCGCGCGCGAGGACGAGAUGAGCGACAUGCAGGAGCUCGAGGCGCGUGUGAGGCGUCUCAAGGAAAAGCGCGAGGAACUGCGGCAGCGCGCCUCCAGCAUCGGGCAGGAGAACAACGGUCCUGCAAGGCUGCAGAGUCAGGUGCCAGAUGAAGACGGCAAGAGUCCCGCUUUGGAAAAUGGAGGCAACAAGGACAAGGCAGAGGACGACAAAGAUGAAGAUGACGACGAGGACGACGAGGACGACGAGGACGAUGACUGGGACGGCUUUAGGUUCCGCAGGUAA